AUGGCGAGCCCGCUGAGGUCCCGCCGCUCCGCCGCUCACUGCCGGCGCCGCACGAACCCCGCCACCUCCAUCAACAGCCGGCCGGGCGGCGACUCUCGCUUUCUGUCCCGCCAGCCACGGGGGGCCCAAGAAACUUCGGGGGGCGGGGCCGGGGGCGGGGAGAGGCUUCCGGGGGCCGGAGGGCGGAGCCUGGGGAGCGGAAUAGCGGGGCCCGGAGGCCGGGGUCCCGGGCGGGAAACGGGGGGCGGGGCCGGGGCUGAAGGCGGGGCCUGGGCGGGGCGGGCAUGGGUUCUGAGACUGGACGGAGGAGCCGGAGCUGGAGGAAGCGGGAGGGACAGCUCCGAGAGAGGUUCCCCCGACGCGCGGAGGGAGAGAGACAGGGGGGAGAUAAAGGAGAUUGGACUGAGACCACCGGUGAGAGACAAGAGAUGAGACGUAAGGAAAGAGUUCUUGAGGAGGAAAUUUCAUACAGAAGAAAACCCGCUCCUCCCGAGCGCUUCCCUCAAAAGCAGGCUUCGGGUGAGAAGAGGAGAUCCGGGAGCAGUGCAGAGCUACCCUCGCAAUUGACUCCGCGGAAGUAACAGCGAACACAGCACCCGGAGGAUGCUAAGAGUAGCCACAAGCAGACGGGGAGGAAGUCCGACCCUAAGAGCGAGAAGUCCCUCUGGCUCCGCCUCCCUCCCCCACCGGCCUAUCGGGAUCCAGUUGACGUACGGCGGCACUGGGCAGGGGAGGAGGGCGGAGCCUGAGGACCUGCAGACUACCACAAGGCGGCGCCUACGUAAUCAUUCGAUUCCUUUCCCUGCAAGGGCUUGCUGCUCUUAGAAAAACUUGUCUAGGCAUACAGCCACUUUGGAAAAAGCUCCGACAGUUUCAUAUGAAACUAAAUAUAUACCUAUUCUAUGACCCAGCAAUUUCUCACCUAGGCACUUUCUCAAAAGAAAGUAAAGCAUACGUCCACAGAAAGCUUAGCUAUCCAUCACCAGAAAAAUGGAUAUAGUAUAUCCUACAAUGGAAUAUUACUCAGCAAUAUAAAGGAACCAAGUAAUGGUACACACAGCAACAUGGUAAAUAAACUAAACUAAUCUAUGGUGAGGUUGUCUGACGAUUUAGAGUGGAUGUUGGGGAAGAGAUAUGAGGAAACUUUCUAGGUGAUGGUAAUGUUCGUAGAACUUUGCCCAGUGAAGGAAAUAUCCUUAUAUCUGUGUUGACCAAUAUGAUAGCAACUAGCUUUGUGGUAGACUGUAUCUUCUCUGACUAUCCUGCCUCCUUCUUUCCCUUAUAAAAGCUUUGUGAUUUCCAUUGGGUUCACCCAGACAAUCCAGGAUAAUCUCCCUCAAGAUCUUUAAUUUAUUACAUCUUCAAAGUCCCUCUUGCCGUGUAAGGUACCAUAUUCACAUAUGACUAUUGAGUGUUUGAAGUGUGGCCAGUGUGACUGAAAAAAAUGAAUUUUUAAUUUCAUUUAAUUUUAAUUAGGUUUAAAUUAUGUAGCUAAACAACAUAGUUUUAUAUCCUGAUAAGGGUCUGUGAUGCACAGAUAUGUGUAUUUGUCAAAACUCUCACCAUAAGCUUAAUAUUUGUGCCUUUCACUGUAUAUAAAGCUUGUAUUUAUUUAAAAAGAAGCAUA